UCUAGGAUAAACGCUUGCGACGAGCACAACAAGUGCGCGCAUGCAACCAGCCCCGGAUCCAUCCUCAGUCCGGAGUCACUCAACAGCUCCGCAAGCCUGUUGUGUAGUGUAGUGCGAAAGUGAAAUUUCCGAGUGCGAAAUCAAUCAGAAGAGUGAGAGUGAGUGAGUGAGUGAGUGAGUGACUGGCAGGACAUCUGCCCCCUCCGAAUCCGAAUCCUUUCCUCCGGGGAUGCGCGAUGCGAUUGUCCCCCAAAGUUAAUUAGCUGCGCGCGUGCAUCAAUGGGUGAAUCAAACAUGUAACUCUGCGAUCGAUAUUUGCGAGGUGGUGCCAAAGUAGAACCCCAAAACGAAACCAGAAACAAGCCACCGAUUUUGUGCUAGUGAUUUUGUGAAGAUAAUCAGUGGCCUGAUCGAUACGAUAUUUUAUGGCCAACGACUCGUUGUAUUUAAAGAGUUGUGUGUGCUUCUAGGAAAAUCCAAAGCCAAUCCUAUUGCAAACCUAAUCCGAACCCCAUCCCAAACCGAAAUUAAACCCAAUUGCAGAGAGGUUGGUGGUGCAGUUUGUGCGACGAUUGCCAUUUCAGCUGGAACAAACCAAUACAGAAAUAUGCAUAGGUCUUGGAUAAUCGUUUUACUUUUAGGAUUACUAUAUACACAGCCAAUAAAUGGACAAUCGGACGUGGAGGUGCAGCUGGUGGUACCCAGGUAUGUGGAGCGCGGCUCAAGCGCCACAUUCAAGUGCCGGCACAAUGUCCAACCGGAAAUACUCUUCAAGGUGACAUGGCUGAAGGUUGACAAGGGCAAGUUCUUCGAGUUCAUAAAUGGACGGAAUCCGCCAUUCCGCAACUCCACCAUCGAGGGAGCCGAAAUUGACUGGGACAACUCUAACGAGCAGCAGGUGACCCUCAAGGAUGUGCAGUUCGAUCUCUCCGGGCAGUUCUACUGCGAAGUCUCCACGGAUACACCCAUCUUCACCAAGGCCAGCGCCGACGAGCUCAUGAGCGUGUUCUUGCCCCAGACGGGUCCGCCCACAAUUAAGUUCCGCAAACGCACGCCCUUUGCGGUGGGCGAGAAACUUUUCGCACUGUGCAACACCACUCGCGGACGGCCUGCCCCGCACAUCACGUGGCUAAUCAAUGGGAAAAAGGUGGAGGAGAAGUACGUGCGCACUCAUCAUGUGUUCUCGUUCAACGGCAAGCACCCGCGACGCACGCAGCAGCAGCAACAGACACAGCUGAGUCAGCAGCAGCUGCAGCAGCAGUACUACCAGCACCAGUACUACAACCAAUACCACCAGCAGUACCACAUCCCAAUGGGCCAAUUCAUGGACCGCUAUGACAAGAGCCUCCGUUGGCCGGCAGGCGCACGUGCGGAUGAAUUUCCGCACUUUGCCGCACACCAUCACGAGGGCCACCAUCAUGGCGGCGGCGGUGCUGGCGGUGGCAGCAGCAUAUACAACAAUCCGUUUGGCUCGCUGGCCAACUACCAUGACGUGGGCGAGUUCCAUGAGAUACAUCAGCGCAACUAUGACAUCAACAAGAAGAAACUCGAGCUGAAGAAGCAACAGCAGAUGGAGCUGAAGAAGCACAGGAACAGCAGCAGCCGCAAGUAUCGGCGGCACAUCAACGAGAACGCCCUCGGCAUCAUCCGGAGCACCCUGAACAGCGGUGGCUUUGGCCCCCAGGCGCCCAACAUUGCCAAAGAGCUGGGCAUACCCUCGAAUUCGGGGCCCAUGAAUCAGCUGGCGGCCGGCUACCAGCGUCCGCUCUCCCAUCCGGGCGGCGGCAGUGGCGUGGCAGCAGCCGCAGCGGCUGUCACAGCAGCCCAGCAGGAGAAGGGCAUGUUCAGCAUCAGUCAACUGAACCUGGAGCUCACCGACGAGCAUGUGGGCAGCAAUGGGCGCAUGGAGAUCACCUGCCUGUCGACGAUACCGGCGACAGUGGGCCAGGGCGAACAGUAUGCCGAUUACAAAACGUAUUCCGUGAAAGUUGAGGUUGAGCGACAAUUGGCCUCCUCCACGUCGACGGCAGUGCCCAGCAUCGGAAUGGCGGCACUGGGCAACGGUAAUGGACACGGGAACGAGACAUCGGCUGGGUCCGUAAUGCCACAUCUGUGGUCUCUGGCGCAGAUUCUGCUACUCAUGCUCCUGCCCCUGAGCUACUAGGAGUGCAUGUGCAGCAGAAGCAGCUGGCGAGAAGCAGACCACCGACAUACUAAGGCAUAGUUACGCCAAAACAAAGGACACCCACAUCAACAUCAUCAUCAUCAUCGUCGUCGUCGUCGUCAGCAUCAAGGACGAAGCAGCAGCAGAACUAAGUUGGGUUUUUAUAAAUUGUACACAAAAAUUUUUAAUUUAUUUCCAUGUGCAUGAGCUCGAUUGAGCAGGAAAAUUAGCACAGCACAAAGAAAUUAAAACAAACAAGGGGGGACACGAUGCAGAGCGAGUGGAUUUAGUGGAGAAUUUGUACAAUUUUUGUGCUGCUCUCCUUGGCAGAGAAUUUAAAUAGUUUACUUGUAGAUAACUUGAAAUUGCCGAGGGGCAAAGUGUGUUGAUUUCCCCCCCCGUGUUUUUUUUUUUGUGUGGCACCAAUGCCAAAGAGAAAUGUUUGUAAUUAAGUUGCAGUCGGACUGUUGGACUGGAUACCACGGUACCCAUUCCCAUUCCAUUGCAGCCGACGCCGACGGGCAUUUUUUGUAGCGCAAAGAAAUUUUUGUAUAGCUAAUUGAACAUAAGUUUUGUGGAGAAGCUCGACCAUCGGGCGGCCGGCUAAUCCAACUGAGCGAAAUAAAGUUUUUGUGCUCUUCAAGGUCAGUGCACAGUGGGCGUGGCAUUCCACCCAGUGAUUUUUCAUCGCCGGCCUUGUCAGAAGUUUGCGCGAAUGCCGCCCCCUGAUGCCUGAUAAAUCCCCAACCAAGCAAACGAAUAACGAUUGAAGCAAAGUUUUUUAGGCGUUUCCAAGCUAGUUAGUCGCUACGAAGCUUGUACCUAAAAUGCAUCGCAUCAUCCAAAUGCAGCAUCCAAGCAAACAGAUGAACAGAUCCCCUCCCCCCCCCGAGGUACACAAACAAUUUAGCGAAAUGAAAGUUAUUUUUGAUGGUGUUUGUAGCGCAUCGGCUAGUCAAGGAUGUGGAUGUGG